AUGGAGACCAACAAUAACACUAAUGCUAGGAAACUCAAAUCCUAUGUGGUGGAUAGUAUUAAGACAGCCAAGAAAGUCGGGGAAGACGACGUUAGACGAGUCGUGCAUGGCGCAAAAGUCGGGCUAGGCCUAACGAUCGUGUCCAUGUUGUACUAUUUUCGGCCGCUUUAUGAUGGGUUCGGGCAGGCCGGGAUGUGGGCCAUACUAACGGUCGUCAUCGUUUUUGAAUUCACAGGCUGUAAACGAGUCGAGCGGCUCACAAUUCGCUUGCGAGCGCUAUGCUUGAUUCGAGCUCGAGCAGUUCAAUCGAGCAAACGAGUUGAGUCUCGAGCAUUAUUUGAAGAGGCUCGUGGGACUCUAUCAAAAAGCUUGAACAGAGGUUUUGCAACGCUGGUGGCCGGUGCAUUAGGGCUUGGAGCUGAAUAUUUGGCUGAUCUAUGUGGAGAAAAAGGAGAACCUAUUGUUCUAGGGAUUCUAGUCUUUUUAUUAGCUGCAAUAUCGACAUUUACGAGGUUUCUCCCUAACGUGAAGAGGAGGUACGAUUAUGGCGUGGUCGUAUUCAUACUCACCUUCACAAUGGUGGCUGUCUCGGGUUUUCGGGUCGAACAAAUCCUGCAAUUAGCCCACCAAAGGCUCUCGACUAUAGUUAUUGGCGGGUCGACUUGCAUGGUCAUAUCCAUAUUCGUUUACCCAGUUUGGGCGGGUCAGGAUCUGCAUAAUCUGGUGGCUGACAAUAUCGAAAAACUUGCUAUUUUCUUAGAAGGUUUUGGCGGUGAACUUUUACUUUGUCAAGGGAAUGAAAGUAGCAACACUUUUUCCAAGGAAAAUGACAAGUCAUUUCUGCAGAGCUAUAAAAGCGUGAUUAAUUCCAAGGCCAACGAGGAAGCUUUGGCAAAUUUUGCUUGGUGGGAGCCUCCUCAUGGUCAAUUUAAAUUUGGUCAUCCAUGGAAACAAUAUUUGAAGAUUGGGGCUCUUGUUUGGGAGUGUGCAUGCUUAAUUGAGGCACUUAAUACUUGUAUAAACUCAAAAUCUCAGUCGCAGGUAGCUUUAUCGAAGCUCCAAACAAGAAUCCAAAACCCUAUCGCCGCCAUCAGCACAGAGGCCGGCAAGGCCCUACGACACCUCUCCACCGCCAUGAAGAACUCCACGCUUCCUCCACGCGCCGCUGUCGAAGCCCACGCGCGGAACUACCGAGCGGCAUCCCACGACCUCACGACAGCCCUGGAAGACGCGCCCCAGUCGUCGGAUGCGAAAUCCGCCGGCCGUCUCCGCCAGAUCAUGGCGCUGCUGGUAAUAGCGUCCAUUUUAAUUGACGUCACGGUUAUCGUGGAUGAGAUAUCAGUCUUGGUUCACGAAUUUUCCGAGAAAGCCUGUUUUGGGGAUCCGCCGGAAAAUCUAUCGGUGCUCCACCGCGGGAUUGUGAAUCCGGUGGACGAUGAUUACGUGGCGGUGGAGGUUAGGGAUGAAUCCGGCGGCGGGGUGUCGCUGGAAAAGAGUGGUGCAACUUUUUAA